AUGUUGGAAGCUAAGUUUGAAGAAGCAUCUUUUUUCAAAAGAAUUAUUGACGGUUUCAAAGACUGUGUUCAAUUGGUUAAUUUCCAAUGUAAAGAUGAUGGUAUCAUUGCACAAGCUGUUGAUGAUUCUCGUGUCCUGUUAGUUUCUCUAGAGAUUGGUUCUGAAUCUUUCCAAACUUAUAGAUGUGAUCACCCAAUCACUUUAGGUAUUGAUUUGAACUCUUUGAGUAAAAUCUUACGUUGUGGUAACAACACCGAUACUUUGACUUUAAUCGCAGAUGAUACUCCAGAUUCCGUUUUAUUAUUAUUCGAAGACACCAAGAGAGAAAGAAUCGCUGAAUAUUCUUUGAAAUUAAUGGAUAUUGAUGCUGAUUUCUUGAAGAUUGAAGAAUUAGCUUAUGAAUCAACCCUAAUGAUGCCUUCUGCCGAAUUCGCUAAGAAUGUUCGUGAUUUAAGUCAACUAAGUGAUUCCCUAACUUUUACCAUCACAAAGGAGACAAUUAAAUUCCAAGCUGAUGGUGAUAUUGGUUCCGGUUCUGUUAUACUAAAACCUUACGUAAAUAUGGAUGAUCCAGAUCAAAGUAUUAAGUUAGAAAUGGAACAACCUGUCGAUCUAACUUUUGGUUCAAAAUAUUUAUUAGAUAUCGUAAAAGGUUCUGCGUUAUCAAACAAAGUCGGCAUUAGAUUAUCAAGUGAAGCUCCUGCUUUAUUCCAAUUUGACUUGUCAAGUGGUUUCCUACAAUUCUUCUUGGCUCCAAAAUUCAACGAUGAAGAAUAA